UGACCGGUUUUGUUCCGUGUUCAAGUUAGCGACGAAUCCAUCCAAACAAGACGUUGGAAAGUUCCGAUAAACUGCGUAGAUCCGCUGUUGAAACAAAUCGAAAAAUGGCGCUUGAGUCGCGUAUUACACAGGAAGAAAUCAAGAAGGAAACAGAGAAGCCCAUCGACAGAGAGAAGACCUGUCCCCUUCUUCUGCGAGUUUUCACCACCAACAAUGGCCGACACCACCGACAAGAUGAAUUUGCCCGUGGCAAUGUUCCCUCCAGUGAACUGCAGAUAUACACAUGGAUGGACGCUACUCUGCGGGAGCUGACCAGCCUCGUGAAGGAGGUGUAUCCAGAGGCCAGGAAAAAAGGAACCCAUUUCAGUUUUGCCAUCGUCUUCCCUGACCUUCGAGGGAAAGUGUAUCGUUUCAAAGACAUUGGCAAUACAGUGUCUGGCAAGAAGUGUGCCGACGACUCCAUGACACUGCAGUCUCAGCGCUUUCAGAUUGGAGACUAUCUGGACAUAGCCAUCACGCCUCCCAACAGAGCCCAACCGCUUGGUCCACGCAUGAGGCCCUUUUGAGCAAAUACAGAAACCCACCACCAUUGUUAACCUGAUGUUGCAUUGUUAUUGUUGUUUUAGGUAUCAUCUUAAGACUUUUUGGCUCCCAUCUUGUACAAUAUGAUGUUCAAUAAAUGUUAGUUUUUUUUUUUA